ACACGGAUCUUUUUCUUAUCGCAAAUAAUUUACACUAAUGGAAUGAAAACUCUUAUUUGACGUAGAGAUAAUAAGAAAGAUAGGGUCUUAAUAGAAACAUAAGCACACUAUUGCCAAAGAGAAGAUGUUGAUUGAAUUGCUUAUAUUCUGUGUAUCUACAUAUUUUACAUAUGCCAACUCUUAUAUAGCUACAUUCCCGAACUCGUUGAUUCCUGGUGUGAAUCUAGACACAAGGGUCACUGUCCUCGGAGCAACAGGACCUGUUCAUGUUUUGGCCUCGCUACAUCAUGUCAGCAACAACUCGGAGAUAUCAUCUACGUCGAAGCAAGUUUCAAAUGGUGUUCCUAGUACCUUGCCAAUAAAGGUUCCAGAGGGCUUGCCGUUAUCCCAGUAUAAAGUCUCUAUAAGCGGCUCUGGAGGAUUGACUUUCAGGAAUGAAUCGAAAAUUCGUUUUGAAGAUAAGAAUCUGUUCAUAUUUCUCCAGACUGAUAAGACACGCUAUUCAGCGGGACAGCAAGUGAGGUAUCGGGCUAUAUUAUUGCAUCCUAAUCUGCUUGGUUAUAAGGGUACAUUUACCAUCACUAUCUUUGAUGGUAACGACAACAAAAUAGAAGUCAUUGACCAUUUAAAAACCAAGGAUGGUGUUGUGACCGGUAAACUGGUGUUGAGUAAGGAACCUGUAUUUGGUAAAUGGAGAAUAAACGUCAAUACUGAUACGGAAUCUUUGACCAAGAACUUCGAAGUAAAUGACUACGUUGUUCCGAGAUUCAGCGUUGACAUAGCUUUACCGGCUGGCAUUAAAACCACAGCGACAUCUGUAGAUAUAUCCGUUUCAGCCAGAUUUACAUUUAAUGCUGACGUUCUUGGAAAUUGUACAAUUCAAAUUUACGUCAAAGACAACCCCUAUCAGUUUGUCGAAUAUUGGAAACAGAUUAAAGGGAAAGUGAACUUUACUGUUGAUAUGACAGACUUAAGAAACACUUUCACAAGUUUGUUUAACAACAUAAUAGUUCGAGCCCUGGUAACAGAUAAUGCGACUGCUCUUACCAUAGCAGCCGAAGAGGACUUGAAAUUUUCUUCUGAUCAAACAUUUCCGACGUAUACAUCGCAACAGACUCUAACUAUUACAAAGAUAGACAAACGAGAUACUUUUGUUCCGGGGCUAACAUACCACACGCCGGUUUUUGUUGGCUAUGGGGACGAACCUGUUGGCUCAGCUGGAUUUAUCAACGUUAUACCAACAGUGACAACAGCUGAAGAAAGACUUUGUCUUCUCAAUAAUCCACCUACAAGAUGGCUUGAUAAAAGAACUACAAUACUGCAGAACUUUACCAUCGCGUUUGACGAGUCUGGAUAUGCGGCUCUAAAUGUCCCAGUCAGUAACCACACGGACCUACUUGUCCUUCAGUUAAGCUAUGGAACAACACAGAAUGAUGUGACACUUUACUCCGUAUCAAGCAGGCCUGUGCCUUUGCUGCGGAUGAAUGUUGAUAAAGUGCACACUCGCGUUGGUGAAAAUCUGACUAUAUUUACGGAGGCAACAGAGUUUCUGGGAGGUUUGAUUUCUUACGAGAUAUAUGCACGAGGAAUUCUACUGAAAACUGUUGUAAACCGCCUAGCUCAUGCAAAACGCACUUAUAUCGAUCUGGAGGUAACUGGCGAUAUGGUCCCGCAAAUGUAUGUAGUGGCUACUCAUCUAACUCCAUUGGGACAUCUCCUUUCAGAUUAUGUAACAUUCAAGGUAGAUGGAUCUCCUUGUAAAAAUAAGGUUUCUAUCAAAUAUAAUACGACUGUAUUGGAACCAAGGGGAGGUUUGCAAAUGGAAAUCAAAGCUGAUCCUAAUUCCACAGUCUACAUUAUGAUCGAAGAUGAAAAGAAUAGACUUCUUGGUACUGAAAAUGAUGUCUACCUAAGUGAGAUAGCAGACACAAUUGAGAAAUCAAACCGAAAUGUAAAAAGUCAUACAGGACGAAAGCGAAGGUAUGAUUCGAAUAUGCCGUUGACGUUAAAUGGAUAUCGGUGGAUACUGAAAUAUGUUAAUUAUACACAUGAACAGGAGAAGUUGUUCAGGAGAAGCAACAGUAACGUUGGGGAUGAUAUAUAUCACGAAAGUGGUGUAGUGGUUUUGUCAGAUAUAGAUAUGUAUCAGAGGACGGACACCAGCAAUUUGCUUAUGUUUGAUACUAUAUUACCAAAGAAAUGUAUCCAUAUCACAACCUUGCCUCCAGUUACCUAUCCCUACGGAGUGUUUCCUGGUCAGCCUCCUACGCCUGCUCCCGGUGUCACAUAUGCGCCAAAUAACAUUCCUACACCAGCCCCAGGUAUGACGUACGCACCAGGACAGUUUCCUACUUGGGUUCCAGGAAUGGUUCCUACGCCCGCUCCAGGUCAAACGUACGCACCAGGCAUGGCAACAACACCUGUUCCAGCUUCUGUGGCAGCAAAAGACAUCUUACGUAACAGAUUUCCAGAGACGUGGCUGUGGGAAGAAUAUCACAUUGGGCCAUCCGGGAAACAUUUUGUAAUUCAAACAGCACCUGAUGCUAUAACAUCGUGGAUUACAUCUGUGUUUGCGACAAACCCAGACACUGGUUUUGGUAUAUCGGAGGUAAAGCAAAAGAUUUCCGUGAAGAAAAGCUUUUUCCUGACCAUGGAUUUACCAUCAUCAAUUAUACUAGGCGAGGAAGUUCUUGUACAGAUAACAGUAUUCAAUUACAUGGCUGUACCACAACAGGUAUUUCUGCAAGUAGUGAAGUCUGACGACCCAACACAUCCUAUACCAGCAGCCACAAUGGUUCAACCAAACGAAGGACAUUCUACAUACAUUCGUGUCACACCGACAGCUCUAGGAACCCUGAAAAUUAACGUUCACGCAAAAGCUGGAUUCUUCUCUACAUCUGCAACAGAUGCGUUAGAAAAAGAAGUGGCUGUAUUGCCCCUUGGUGUACACAAAACUACUAACGAGCAACAUCUAGUGGAUGUGAACAGUGGGGGCCAGACUUUUACACAGACACUAUUGCUGAAGGACCAUCCAAAUAUCAUAUCUGGAACUAAAAAUGUAUAUAUGAAAAUAACAGGCGACUUUCUGGUUCCCAGCAUAGAAGGGUUACAAAACUUAAUUAAUUUGCCUAAUGGUUGCGGAGAACAAACCAUGUUAAAUCUGGCGCCGGACGUUUUCUUAACGAAAUACAUGAAUGUCACGGGUCAGUUGACAAGAGCUGUGGAAGACAGAGCAUUGCAAUUUAUCCGAUCUGGCUACCAACACGAACUGGGGUUCAGACAUUAUGACGGUUCCUUUAGUAUCUGGGGAUCAAUCAGACGGCUAUGGAAGCACAUGGUUGACCGCGUAUGUUUUAAAAUGUUUUCACCAAGCCAAAGAGUUUAUUACCAUUGACAAUGAUGUGCUGUCUACAGCCAUGGGCUGGCUUUUAAGUCGACAAAAUAAUGAUGGUUCAUUUUUAGAGCAACUGCCAGUUUAUUAUGUAGAUCAUAGGAGUACAGGGAGAGGAAUAAAACUGACAGCUUUCACCUUGAUCUCAAUUCUAGAAUGUAAAGAUAUAACUAAUGUUCAA